AUGCGCGCUGAGGCGCGAUCGAUCGUGAACCCCGUCGUGAGAUCCGCCCGCGCGCCCGCGUCGUCGUCGCGUCCACGCGUCGUCGUCGUCGCGUCGCGUCGAGUGAAAACACCCGAGGGGGGCGUCUCGCGUCGUUUCUCUUUCGACGCCGCGCGCGAUGGUCGACGCGGACGCGCGCGCGCGCUCGGAAAGAUCUCCGAGGACGACCAAGAUGAAGACGACGUGGACCAGGAGGCUGGGAGCGGGGGCACGGAGGGGUGGCGCGGGGAGUUUCAGUUUCGCAGGCGGGCGGAGACAGAGGCGGAGAAAAAAGCGACGGUGCGAGAGCUCUUGCUCAGUCGUGAUCCGGGUUUAAAUCAGACGCUCAUCUCCUCGGGGACCUCGAUCUCACAGUUGAUGGAUCAGGAUAAGUGGGAGCGACAUCGCAUGGUGGAUAGGUUCAUCGUCGAGUUCCUGACGAUUCCGCAGAGCACGGUGUUCUCGCGCUUGCUCAAGCCGUGCACGGCGUUGGCGGCGUACACCGCGUGCAUCGUCGCGCUUCCGACCGUGGUGGCGCUCGCGGCGGCGAAAAUGCAAAUAGCCUUACCGUUCCCGGCGUUUUCCAUGGCGCAGUUGGUGCUACCGGCCUCGGCGCACUCACUGCUCGGCACGUUGUGCGGCUUGGUGCUGGUUUUCCGCACCAACUCGAGCUACGCUCGUUUUGUCGAGGGGCGCACCGCGUGGGGCGCGCUCAUCAGACACUGUCGCGACGUCGCGAGACUGUCCAUGUACAUUCCGGAUAAGAGACUUCGUCGAAGGUUGCUUGAGUUGGUCACCGCGUACGCGUACGUUCUCAAGGCUCGCCUGCGCAGCGGUCGUACGCGUUCGGACCCGACCGAUCCCACCGCGUUCAAAGACAUCCCGGACGAGGCCGUGCGUCGGUGUAUUACCGAACCCGCGCUCGCCGAGAAAGUGCUCGAAUCCGUGUCGACCGGGAAUAGAUGUCUGUACACGCUCUUGCUCAUCUCGAAGACGCUCAAGGCUUCGCUCGCAAAGGGGCUUCCGAGCGACAUACACUGGAACAUCGAAGAGAGCGUGAGCAACAUCGGUCUUAGCGGAGGCAUUUGCGAGCGCAUCAUCGCCACGCCUAUUCCGCUGAGUUUCACGCGGCACACCGCGCGGUCUCUCGUGAUUUGGCUCCUGACGCUCCCGUUCGUCAUCGUCCCGACGAUGGGUUGGAUGAGCGUCCCGUGCAUCUUCACCCUCGCCUAUCUCAUCCUCGGCAUCGACGAGAUCGGGAUCCAAAUCGAAGAACCGUUCGCCACGCUCCCUCUCACGCCGUUGUGCGCGGUUAUCGAGCGCGAUUUGGGGAUCGCCAUCGCCGAUAUGGAGACGAACGAAGACGCCCACGCGUUCGCCGACGCGAACGCCGAACGCGUCCCCGACGUCGUCGCCCGGUGA